UUGGCCUGGUUUGGGCCUCGUUUCGCGCGAGGCGUCCUCAACAUUUGCGCCUGGCUUCGCUCUGGCUUCGCCCGGUCUUGGCCCCGUUCCGCUUGGCACGUCCUCACAAGUUGCCUGGUUCGGUCGGCUCCGCGAAGCCUUCACGAGGCUCGCGGAGCGAAACGUCAGCGAAUGUCUGUGCGGCUGGGCACCAUCCGUCGUGGUCGCCAUGCGGCUUCAAGACACGGUGGGAUGUGCCACGUGCUCUCCAGCACGGAAUGCUUAACAUUCACACACGUCGUGGGUGGUCUAUGUGUGCAGGCAGAAGUGGUGGCACGGCGGCAGGAAUGGCCAGUGCGGUCCACGUGUCGCACGACUUUUCGCGGCAGAAUGGCGGGUGGCAUGGGCGUGGACGUUCCCGGCACGCUGCGGGUCGGCAUGGGCGUGCGUGGCGGCGUUUGGAGAAAACCUUCUCGAGGCUGUCGCAGUCACGACUGGCGCAGCUACCGCUGGUGCACGCACCUUUGCUAGAGCCACAUCUGGUACAGUGGUCUUGCAUUCAGGAAGCUGACGCUGGAAGGUGUCGUACUCUCUCGCACCUGGUCGACGAGUAAGCUGUCGGGUCGGCACUGUGAGAGGCCGCGGCGGUGGCCGCGCGCCCGCGCCGCGCGGAUGAAGCCGCCGCUGCUGGGCGCGUGGGCCCGCGUGCUGGCGGGGGCGCUGCUGGCCGCUGCGCCGGGGGCCGCGGCCACCGAUGGCGCCCAGCCAAGGCCCGCGGACUUCUUUACAGACGACGCGGAGCGCAUGGAUGAGCUGCCCGCUCCGCAGUCGACGUCCACGGACGCGUGCCACCCGAAGUGCGUCUGGCGCUGCCACAACGAGACGUGCGACACCUCCUGCCGGCCGCAGUGCCAGGCGCCGAAGUGCGUGACGUCCUGCAAGAAGAUACGGAUGUCCACGUGCCGGGAGGUGUGCGGCCGGCCGCGCUGCGCGGCCGUGUGCCCGCCCUCCUGCGAGAAGCACACAUGCCCCGAGUGCCAGAUGGUCUGCAGCGAGCCGGAAUGCAAGCUGGACUGCGGUCAGGCGAACAAUUGCGAGAGCAAGUGCGAGGACCCGCUGUGCUCAUUCGAGUGUCGCCCGGAGGAGUGCCCGGAGCCGAAGUGCGUGCUGACGUGCGAGAAGCCGAGGAUGUGCACGUUCCGGAAGUGGAAGCGGACGCUGAGGCCGGACGUCUAUCACGGUCAAGGCGCCGGCGGGGACGGGCCCGCCCCUUUCCUGGGGGACAAGUUCCUGGCGUGGAGCGGCUUCGGCGAGGU